GCCUGUCCUAGAAAAAUAAUCGUAAUAUUCUGUUUGGAUAGCCUCCCCUUAUUCAUGUUUACCUUAGUCUAUAGAUAUACUCGUUGAAAAAAACCGUCACCUGAUCAAUAGACACAUUUGGCUAUCUUAAUAUAGCUAAAUACGGUAUUCCUUCCUUGAAAACCACUGAUGAAAGAUAUCAACAUUCGUCUGCUGAAAGCUAGAAAAAAAAUACCCACAUAAAUUUACUGUAUAGCAGACGAAUCAUAUUUCGUGAUCGGCGUAGCUUGCUAUGUAGCGAUCAAGCAGGAAGUCUAUCAUGUUGAUCAAUACUCGAGUUAAAACACAUUGGGUAGUAUGACGCAGUUAUUUACAUAGCACACUUACCUGUCGGUACCUAUCGGUCCAUAUUCAGGUGACCAUAAAGACCGUUUGCUAAGUGAUUACAACACAACGUGCUCUAUAAAGUGGUUUUCAGUUCAUCUGUUACGAAGUGGACGUAGUGUAUGCGCUGAGGCCAUGUCCGUCAUCAUACCAUGACCGGUUGUCGUCGCCUCAUGAGUCAAAUUUAUUAAAGGGAUUCCUCUGAAAGUCCUUAAAUCAAAGAGAAAAAAAGCUUUUCGAACCAUGGCCGGUCAGGUAGUUAAGGAUGUUAACAUAGACGUAUCAUCAGAAAAAUGCACAGAUCAUGAUAAAACCGUGGAGUUCUCUUGCCAAACGUGUAACGGGGAGAUGGUAUGUCGCAAGUGCGUGUUACAAGGUCACAAUGGACAUUUUAUGGGCGAUGUGCAGAAAUUCAUAUCAAAGCAGAGACAAGCUGUGUUAAAAGUCCUUUAUGAGACUGACGAGCGUUUGGAACAGCUAGACGCUGACAUGGCUAAUGUGGAAGAAAGGAUCAGUAUGAACAAUGCCGAGUCCGAGCUAUUGAUUUCUCAAAUUGAAGAACGAGGCAGAGUAUUAAAAGUUCAUAUCGAUGAAAUUGUUGCAAAUGGGAAGAAACAAGCGAGAAGAUACCGAAAUAGAAAUGACAGAAUUCUUAAGAAAGUUCUUGCAAAGAUUACACAUUCAAAUAUGGAAUUUGAAGAGAAAUCACAAAAAUGUCGUACCCUUGUUAAUUCGACCAAGUACAAAGACAUCAAAAAGGCUUUAAAAGUUGGGGAACAGUUAAAAGAGGAUCUUUCUGCAGAAGAUGAAACGACCUCGACUAGAAACCGAACAUUCAUAGUCCCCUCCCCUUCGGAAGAUAUAGCAACCCUGGAGACGCUGUUCGGGAAACUGAAAAUCGACGCCUCAAAAAUCGCCACUGUUAGUCUGACGUUAAAAUCGUCGUUUUGUAACGUAGACGACGAAGCUGUGUUUCGUAUCUGUCCUGUGAUGGAAGGUGAGGCUGCGUGGGUUGGCGGGGAUGAAUGCAAGGUAUCUCUAUUCACUUUUGAAGGUGUCAAACUAGAUACGAUCGAACUUGACUCGGGUGUAAAUGAUCUGUGUGUUUUGCCCCAGAAUAAUGAUUUGGUCGCUCUUGUGGUAGCUUGUGAGGACAACACGAUCAGAAAACUAAUUCCAGACGGGGCAGACUCGGUCGAGGAUGAACUAUUUCGGUUUGAGUCGGACCCACAGAGCAUCAGCUUCACUGCUGACAAUGAAAUUAUCAUCGUCUCUUCGGGACAAGUGAAGCCAAUAAAGGUAGACACGAGUGGGGAUAGGAAAUCCUUGGGGUCCGGAAAUGUAAUGGACUGGCAGCUGACGUCACCGAACACUGUUCGCGUGAAUGGCGAUUCCGGUGACGUGGUAAUACUCAACAACGAUCCAGGAUGUCUGUAUGUAUGUGACGAGAAACUCAAUUUGAAGUUUACGUACCGUGGCCAACAAAUGGACGAUCCACAGGGCGUUACCUUUGACAGAGAUGGUAACAUACUGAUUGCUGAUUGUGGAAGCUGUAGCGUAUUACUGUUGGACAGUAAAGGCCAUUUCCUGCAGACUUUGAUUACUAGCCAGGACCACCCGCAGGCCGUGGAGAUACUGCAAGAUAGUGCGACGCAUGUGCUUUGGGUAGGAUACAGUAGCGGAAAGGUGGAGACAUAUACGUACAGUUUCAAAUAAGCAGACUUGUAUCACCGAUAGUAAUGGACUGGUAAACGGAUUCUAGUUAACCGGAUGCCUGCUUCUUGAACGAAAAACCAUUACGAGACAAGGAUACAUUCUCAUCGACUAAAACAUGUUUAAGGAUUUAAAAACCUAAAUUGACUAUGAAACCGAUCUUCAUCAACUGAAUAUCUGCUUCUGGAAUGAAAACCACUAAGUGACAAGGAGUUCUAUUUUCAUCGGCUGAUAACCUGCUUCAGCCGAGUAUCUGGUUGAGUGACGCCUCGGACAAAACCCACUGAGUGAAUCAGAACACCGUCUUGAUAUCUGCUUCAGUCACGAAUAUCACUAAGUGACUAUGCGACUUGUGUUAGUUGAUAAUAUAAGACAUUUCGAAAACAAUGUGAACAUGCGUUAUGCCUGUGACAUCACGAUAUUUGUGGCAUCCAUUUAAACAAAGGAUUGUAGACAUUAUCAACCAAUUCUGUAAACCGUAUUAAUCUACAAAAAUGCCUUAAAGUAACGCAUGUUUUCAUAAAAACAUAAGAGUCAAAUUGUUUUAAAUAACUGGUCAAUGGCUACUCUUUCUGUACAUAUGGAUUACUCAUUGUGACUUUGCUAUAUUUACUGAGAGUAUAACUGUACGUUUGUUGGAGGUAUAGUUGUGUGUUGUUUGUGUGUUGUCCAAUCCCCUAUGUGUUAAUCAUGUUGGAGUUACCUCCCCUGAUUCAUUUCAUAGUAUUUCAUUUCAAAGUACAAGUACAAGUAGGUAUCUCUAAAUCGAUAUUCUUAGUACAUUGUACAUAUAUUGAAUCAAAUUGGAGCCAAUCAUGGACAGAAUUUACAUAGGCUUGCUAUUUAUUCAAUCAAUUUGACAAUAGCAUCUGUCAAUAAAAUCUGUUGAAAUGAAACAACACUGCUGCAUUUGUGUGGAUGUUUGUUUUUUAAUCAACGAUAAUAAAAGAAGAAAACUAUUCCUGAAAUUACUCGGACCAAACGUAACAGUUGAAUUAUUGUGCUUUGUUCGACGUCAUGGUAACUUGUAAGGAUAUAUGAAUAAGCGUUUACAAUGAUAAUUGCAGUCUUGGGUGAAACAAUGGUUGCUCAGAGAACGUCAGUUUAGGCUUUAGAUAUAAUUGUGUUAAUGCUUUAUAUAUCUGCUUACAUGUAAGAGGUUUUUUUACGUAUUUAAGAUUUUUUUUUUCAAUAUCUGUUAAAUGUUUACGCAACUGUGGUGCCUUAUUAACAAUUUUCAUGCAUUUUUCAUAUUUGUCCUGUGAGAAAGUUAUCAGAAAAUAAUUGAAAAGUAUUUCAAUCAUGAUCUGAUAAGCAGAAUGUGAUGUGUGGUUAGUCUUCAUUGCAAUAUCAAAAGUAUGUUGAACUAUUCUACAAACUUAUAACCCAACGAUAUAAAACAAAAAAAUUGUGAAAAA